UGCCUGCUCGCAGCUGAUAGAGCCGCGCAUGCGCAGUAGCCCCCCAGCUGAUAGAGCAGCUGAGCAAGAAACUAGAGGUCUGGGUGAACCAGGACCAGACCUGAAGUUCUGAGCACUCCGCCCACUCUGAUGUCACAGCCCCAGGGGGAGGAGCAUGACGUCCGCCGGUGAACGCAUCGACAAGAAAACGCCUGAAGAAGAAGAAGACGAUAAUGGGCUUCCUCUCGUCGCCAUGACGACCGCACAGGAGGUGGCAGAGAAACCGCCCCCCGGCCACGACAUCAACUGGGAGGCGUUACCGUGGCGACCGCGGGAGGGGCCUGAGCCUGAGCCUGAGCCGGAGGGGGCGGAGCCUGAGCCGGAGGAGGAGGAGGAGGAGAUGGAGGCCGUGGCCUCGUCGCCCGACGGACGAUUCCUCAAGUUCAGCACGGAGAUCGGGAGAGGAUCGUUCAAGACCGUCUACAAAGGUCUGGACACGGAGACCACGCUGGAGGUGGCCUGGUGUGAGCUGCAGACCCACCGGCUGAACAAGGAGGAGCGCCAGCGCUUCGUGGAGGAGGUGGAGAUGCUGAAGAAGCUGCAACAUCCCAACAUCGUCCGGUUCUUCGACUCCUGGAAGUCGACGCUGAAGAACCAGCGGGUUACGAUUCUGGUGACGGAGCUGAUGACGUCAGGGACCCUGAAGACGUACCUGCGUCGGUUCCGGCAGAUGAAGCUGAAGCUGCUCCAGUGCUGGAGUCUGCAGAUCCUGAAGGGUCUUCACAUCCUGCACCGAGACCUGAAGUGUGACAACAUCUUCAUCACCGGGCCGACGGCGUCGGUGAAGAUCGGAGACCUGGGCCUGGCCACGCUCAAGAAGAACUCCUUCGCCAAGAGUGUUAUAGGGACCCCGGAGUUCAUGGCUCCAGAGAUGUACGAGGAGAAGUACGACGAGGCCGUGGACGUCUACGCCUUCGGGAUGUGCAUGUUGGAGAUGGCGACGUCCGAGUAUCCGUAUGCCGAGUGUCGCAGCGCCGCUCAGAUCUACCGCAAGGUCACCAGUGGAACAAAACCCGACAGCUUCUUCAAGGUCAAGGUUCCCGAGCUGAAGGACGUGAUCGAGGGCUGUAUCCGGACCCGGAGCAGCGAGAGGUUCUCGGUCCAGGACCUGCUGGACCACCGGUUCUUCCAGGAGCGGACGGGCGUGUACGUGGAGCUAGCGGAGGAGGACGACGGCUCGGCGGCGCUAAAGCUCUGGCUACGAGUCGACGACCAGAAGAAGCUCCGCGGAAAAUACAAGGACAACAACGCCAUCGAGUUCCUGUUCGAGCUGUACAAGGACGUCCCGGAGGAGGUGGCCCAGGAGAUGGUGGUGCUGGGGUUCGUUUGCGAGGCCGACUACAAGGUGAUAGCUCGAGCGGUGCGGGAUCGCGUCUCCACCAUCAAGGCGGAGCGGGAGCGGCGCCGCCGCCUGCAGGAGGCGGGGCUUACCGGCGGCGCGGAGGAGGAGGCGGAGCCCCAGCAGCUCCGGGCGGCCAAUCAGAGACCAGCGGCCGGUCGGACCGAGUCUCCGGCCUGGACGACAGCCACGCCCACCAAGCCGGCCACGCCCACCACCACACAAACCACGCCCACCACUCCAGCCACGCCCACCACCACACAAGCCCCGCCCACCACCACACAAGCCCCGCCCACCACCACUCCAGCCAUGCCCACCACCACACAAGCCCCGCCCACUACUCCAGCCCCACCCACCACCACACAAGCCCCGCCCACCACCACACAAGCCCCGCCCACUACUCCAGCCCCACCCACCACCACACAAGCCCCGCCCACCACACAAGCCCCGCCCACCACCACACAAGCCACGCCCACCACCACACAAGCCCCGCCCACCACUCCAGCCCCGCCCACCACUCCAGCCCCGCCCACCACCACACAAGCACCGCCCACCACACAAGCACCGCCCACCACUCCAGCCCCGCCCACCACCACACAAGCACCGCCCACCACACAAGCCCCGCCCACCACCACACAAGCCCUGCCCACCACCACACAAGCCCUGCCCACCACUCCGACCACGCCCACCACCACUAAAGCCCCGCCCACUACUCCAGUCACGCCCACCAAACAAGCCCCGCCCAUCACACAAGCCACGCCCACCACGCCUGGAGCCUCGAUGACAUCACUGGCUUCGGUGACAUCACUGCCAUCAAUGACAUCACUGCCAUCGAUGACAUCACUGCCAUCGAUGACAUCACUGCCAUCGAUGACAUCACUGGCGUCGGUGACAUCACUGGCGUCGGUGGAUUCUGGGAUCAGCAGCGUCUCCAGCAGGACGGAGGGAGACGAGGACGAGACGGACCUGAACUACAACAACUCCGACUGCGAGCCUGAAGCCACGCCUCCUCCGGUCCCUGAGGCUCCGCCCCCUCCGGCCCGGGCCCCGCCCUCCAAAGCCCCGCCCUUCCCCGUGCUGCGUUUCCCCAAGAGCAUCGCCGUUUCCCAGAGUUCCGAGCGGCCGCCGCCGGAGUCGUCCUCUGGGUUCUGCUCACCUGUGGACAGCUGUUCAUCCGACCUGACGUCGGGUUUGAGUGACGGCACCGACGGCCAAUCAGAGAAGAGCAGCCGGGCGGAGCGGGAGGCCAAGCAGUUCAGGAGGAGAGUCCGGGCCCGGCUGGGGAUCAUCGGGGUCUCGGACUCGGUGGACCGCGUGGCCGAGUGUCAGCUGCAGACGCACAACAACAAGAUGGUGACCUUCAAGUUCGACCUGGACGGAGACAACCCGGAGGACAUCGCCGCGGUGAUGCUCCACAGGGACUUCCUGCUUCGGUCGGAGCGCGACGGCUUCAUCCUCCGCAUGCAUGACAUCAUCAAGAGGGCGGAGUCCAUGAUGCACCAGCAGCGUCCUGCUAACGCCGCCGCGGCGCCGCACCUGCCCGGCCCCCAGUCCGAUCCGCCGACGACAACAACGAGCCUGAGAGGAAACGAGUCGUCGUUCUCGUUACCUGAUAUUGACUCCACCCCCCUGAAGGACGGGGCCUUCACCAUCGACCCGGAGGCCACGCCCCCCGCCAGGCCGCUGGGGUCGCAGUCCUUCCAGGCAUCCUCAGCUUCCUGGUUCCAGCCCCCCCUCUACCCUGGCCACGCCCCCAUGCCCCACUCCCCUCCUCCCCCCCUUUUAGGCCACGCCCCCAUGCCCCAGUGGCCCCUCCCCCCCCAGUGGCCCCCCUUCCCCUCCGACCAGCCUCUCUUCUCCCUAGCUAACGUGCUAUCGGUAGCCAUGAGCGUCGCCCAGUCCCUGCUGCCGCCGCCGUUCCGGGGUCCCCUGGGAUUCCAGGAUGCAGGACCUGGACCGCCCCUGUCAUCCCAGGGUGCAGGGUCACCCCAGGGUGCAGGGCCCCCCCCACCCCUGGGACCCGGGACCCGCCCCUUCUACACCCCCCCACCUGGCCCGGAGAGGGGCGGGGCCAACGUCCGGGCUGGACACGCCCCCCAGGUUCCUCCUCCGGUGUCCUCGUCCCCGAGUCCAAAAGAGAACAAACAAACCGUCUUCACCGUCGGCCGUUUCCAGGUGACGCCCCGCCCCCUGGACCAGGCCACGCCCACCGCCCGCCCCCUGGACCAGGCCACGCCCACCGCCCGGUCCCCGCCCCCUCCCCUCAGGGAGGACCAAUCAGAGAGCAGCAGCAGCACGGAGGAGGCGGCGGCGGCGGCUAGGCUAACAGGCAGCCAAUCGGAGAGCAGCAACGCUGCGACGCCGACCCCCGGUUACCAUGACGACGCCCCGGAGAGGAGGGAGGGGGCGGGGCGGAGGCUGAGCCAAUCACGGAGCAGCCGCUCCGCCGCCUACAGCUCCGACGAAUCGGAGCGCGAGGAGAAGUGGGCGGAGCUUCAGGAGCUGCGGGACAGACACCUGCUGGAGGUGCAGGAGCUGCAGGCCAAUCAGAAGCGAGAGCUGGAGCAGCUGUACCGGAGGAAGGGGAAGACUCCGCCCCCCACCAUCGUGCCGCCGGCGGCCAUGUUGAACCAUCGACCGCGCCGCGGCAGCGGCUGCCCCGCCCCUCGCCGGAGCAGCCUGCAGAGACCGGAGGCUCCGCCCACCGCAGGUGAGGCUCCGCCCACCACAGGCAUCAUGAGGACCAGCGGCAGCAGCAGCGGGUCCCAGGACCGGGUCCUGAAGGGGGUCACCUUCGCCUCGGGACACAGCUGGGGGUGAGGAACCAGCUGAUUAAGAUGAGGAUGAAGAUGAGCUGACACCUACAGAUGACGUCACACAGGGGGAGGAGCUUCUGCCCGCUGGGGGCGUGGCCGGACAUCGAGGGGGCGGAGCUCCGGCUGAAAUCUUCUCUGCUCUGAUUGGCUGAUCAGACUGUCCUGCCUUAUUUAACUUAUUGAUUUGAAUGUAUUUAACUUAUUGAUUUGAAUGUAUUUAACUUAUUGAUUUGAAUGUAUUUAACUUAUUGAUUUGAAUGUUUAUCUAGUUUUUUAAGAUGUUUGACGCUUCAUUUGACAUGAAAGUGAGUUUGUGUUCAGAGAUUUUAACGUGAAACUGAUGUGAGUUUUACUAAUAAAAGUUAAAAACAAUCCUGAGACUUUGUUAUUGAUCUA